AUGGAACAAAUGCAUUCUCUAGAAUCCAGUUUACCUCCAGAACAACCUCCCACGAAGCAAGCUAUUGACAAUCUCAAUUUGGAACUUUCUCAAGAGUUCAAGCUUGCCGCCAAUGCAGUAACAAGACUUUACAGAGUGGCCAAUGAGAAAAACUCUUUAACCAAACAUCAAGGUUACCUCACCUGUUUAGAUGACAUAUUGUAUGCAUUGGACUCAAAUAUGACCAGUGAUGAGUUACGGGCAUGGUGUUAUAAACAAAGAAGCGAUAUUUUGUCAAACUCGCAGGAUAAAUCUUCGAAUCCGGUGAAAGAAAAGGAAAGAAAGCCCAAUAAGUUUAGCGAGAAUCAUCAAUGCGAAUCGGAGACUCAUAAAGAACUUUCUAAAAGAAAUGGAGAGGUCAUGUAUAAUUUUAAUUUUAAUGAAUCAAAUGGGAAUAUUUCAAAUAUCAGCGGAAAUGUGACACCUAAAUUUAGACUCUCCAUGCCGCCUAUAAGUGUCGAGCAUCCAGCUAGGAACUCAAACCGUAUAAAGUCUUGGAAGAUACGAACAAAUAAUCACGGAAGAGGGGAUUAUAAAAAUUCAAACAACAUCAUCGCUCUUGAAAACGAGCGUGAACGUGAUAAUUUGCACCAGGAAAAGAAACUAAAACUAGAUUCCGACUCAGAAGCAGACAUAACAGAUCUCCACCAGUGCAUGGACGUAGAAUAA